UAUCAUGUCUGUGUCGCUGGAGUUCGUUGUUGAACAUCAACUCGUAUUGCGUACCGCUUUCGUUGCAUUCCUGCACCAGAAUCGGAGUUGCAUGACCAACAAAUGCGGCACCUUCUUUUUCAUGCACAAUCACGCAGCUCCGUUCCCAUUCGCGACCGCGAUAAAAAUGAGAAAUCGUUGGAAAAGCUUGUCAUGUUUGGGUGCUGCAUUCGUUCCUUUGGAAGAGUCUGACUCUUCUUCACCCCCCCGUGUAGUCCCCUCGGCAUCGAUCACGACACCCUUUUGCAAACCCAGACAAGUCUUCAUUUGCAGUGAAUACCCUGCCG